CCACUCUUCUUUUUCUUUUUCGUUUCCUGAUGCUUCUUCCUUAUAUUCCAAAUGGUUCCCAAGGCAUCAAUGAUACUACUUGGGAAAAAGGUUAUCAUAUUUGGACAACUCAACUCAUCAAAGUACUCUCUCUAGACGACACUGCCUUUCUCCAAAAAGUAGAACGCGACCAGGAAUUGGCCUCUUGGAUUCAGUCACUACUACAAACACAACUUGAUCUUGGUAACACAGAAACAGGUCUACUUCGCCUUGUAUAUCUGAUAUACGUCCGGUUGGGAACUGUAUUGGAGUUAUCAUCAUCUUCAACCUCUUCACCUUUGAUCUCAAUUACCUCUCUGGACACUUUCUCUCUGGUAUUUGCUCGUGCUAAUCCAACCACAACACAAACACUUUUUGCUCAACUCUUUGCCAACCAAAAGGGACUACGAGAUCAAUAUGAAACAUCCAUAUAUCUACUUGUAGAUACUUUGAAUACUAUCGGCAGCUACAUCGCAACAAUGACAUCUCAGCAGGAAACAAAGUGGGAACAAUCUUUUUUGGAACGUAUUCUUGUGGUGACGCGGUUACUAGAAGCCAAAAUACUUUGUUUGAACUCAAAACAUUUAUCUUCUCAACUGCAGCCUGCCUUGAUGUCAAGCUAUGAACAAUUACUAGAUGGAUUUACAACGACAACUAUGACAAAAGAUAAUAAAGACUUGGAAAACAAGGAAGAUUCGACAGCUCAUGUGGACUAUUGGAUAUAUCUUGUGAAGCAAUCCUUGGUGAACAUAUUUAAUACGAUGGUCGAAAUCAACUACUUGACACCACUGGAGGCACUAGGACAAUCAGAAAGCUGUGAUGAUGAUAAUAAGGAAUCCCUUGUUGCGGCACUCAGUGAUCAAAUCUUACAAUGGGUGGAACAGAGUCAUGGGCUGGAGACUAUCAAGACUGCUUUUGUAGAUGCUCCUCUGAUUAUGGAUUGGCAAGUAGAAUGGCAAGUGGCAAAAAGACUGGAUCAAAUCAAUCAAGACCUAUUUCGUGGUGAGAAUGAACAACUUUCGUUUCUGACAUUGGUAAUGGACACUCAAAUACAAGAAUUGGCUUCCAACCCACCACAAUCAUGGAGUAAUCGUAUUAAAAGACAACAAAAGAAACAACAACAGCAACAGAUGGAUCAAUCAAUGUCUUCGACAUCUACGACAGUGACGACAAUGGAAACAAACGAUGACUAUACCAACUAUAUCAAACGUACUUCUUUGAUAUCUCAAGUUAGGGAUAUCUUUUCUGAUCUUGGAGAAGGAUUUAUCGAAACUUGUUUGAUAGCUAAUGAUGAUGAUGCUGAAAUGGUGAUCAUGCAACUUUUGGAAAACAAUCUCCCAUCUUCUGUCAGCUCUUUGGAUCGAACAAUGGAACGAGCUGCUUUCAUUCCUUCAGCAACUACGGAAGUAAUCAUCAACUCUAUACCACGUACAAGCAUUUUGGAUUCAAGAAAGAAUAUAUUCGACAAGGAUGAGUUCGAUGUCUUUUCUGGUGGAAUCGUGGAAAAAAGCAAAGUUUAUGUUGGAAAGAAAAACGAUGGUACAGCUGAUUCACUUUUGGAAAACAAAAAACAUACGGAAGACGAAAAAGUAAAAAUGCUGCGGAGGAUUUACGACAUGUAUGAAGACGAAAUUGAUGACUCUUAUGAUUCUGUGAAUGAAGUGACGGGACCUGUGGAUCUUGCCGCAGUUGAUGAAGGUGGAGAAGCAGCAUUGGACGUGGUACGGGCCAAGAAACAACAAACAGUGGAUCCAGGUGUAUUGAAUGAAAGCGAAUUAGUACACGUGUAUGUGGAUCAUCCUGAAGUCUUUGAUCGAUCAUCAGCUACUAGGAAAUCUGCGCAAAGGGAUGCUCUAAGGAAACGAACCAAUAUGACUGAUGAACAACUGGAAGGAUGGGCUAUCAUGUUCAACCGAAACCCAAGAAAACAGCGAAUCCUGGACAAAUAUAUGUUAUUCGAUGGCAAUCAAGAUCAAGUAGAUGCAACGGUAAAAGCAAGUCAACAGCAAAAACAAAAGGAAUCGCCAUCGAGGAAACCUCCACCGAUAUCUGAAUCAAGACAACGAGCUUACAAGGAUAAAAACAAAGCCAGGUUUGGAAAUCACAAUCGAAAGAAGAAUCACGACAAGAAAUUGGCUAAAUUGGGUGGUCCUACAAGUGCAACUUGACCUUGACGACAAUAAGAGAAGGAAAAUGGAAGGAAUUUUUAUGUAUAGAAUUCAGUUAGACUUUGAUACCAUAGUAUAUGUAUAUUUUUGCCUCUUUUUUUUAAAAAAAAAUAUAUUUGUCUCAAUAAAAACUCUGUACUUAUAAGUAUAUGAGUAUGUAUUUAUG